GCCGCUGUGGAUACGCACCGACCAAACCCACUCCCCCUCACCGCCUUCAUCGGCACUAUAAGGAAGCGGCAUAAACUAAAAAAUUUUUGGAGCUUUUCUUUUCUCUUCAUUCCAUGCUGGCAUUGGAAAAUAACCAGCCACAGGAUACAAUCAUGGAAAGCACAAGAGUGUUUGUCUCUGGCCUUCCGCCAACUUUCUCCAAUGACCAACUUAGGAAGCACUUUGCUAGUCGCUUCCAAGUUACCGACGCUCAUGUAUUACCCAAGCGCAGGAUUGGCUUUGUGGGCUUGAAGACCCACGAGGCCGCCAAGGAAGCUGCCAAAUACUUCAACAAGACAUACAUUAAGAUGUCUAAGAUCUCAGUAGAUAUUGCUAAACCGAUCGAUUCCGACCCUGCUGCCAAUACUACUCGCAGGGCUAAGAAAGGCGAUGAGCCGGACUCGGCUGCAGAGAGUACACUCAAGCGUAAACGUGAUCGGGAAGCCGACCAGCAAGACUCAAAACUGCAAGAGUAUAUGUCCCUCAUGCAACACUCGUCACAUACAAAGACAUGGGCCAAUGAUGAUGCCGUGAUAAACCCUGUUUCCAAUGACUCACAUACAAAGGUUCAGCCUGUCGAAGCAGAUGAAGCCCCUCAAGAGCUUACUUAUGCUCAGAGGAAGAAGGCAAAGCUUGCGGAGACGUCCGGAGAAGAUGCCUAUGCGUCAAAACCCGACGACCCCGAGCCUAUGGUUGUUGAUGUGAGUGGGGAAGAGCACAACACUGAGGAGGCAAUAGGACAAGAAGAGCCUGCUGCCCAGGAAGAAGAACAACAACCGGUGUCUGAUGCUGAUUGGCUUCGGUCCAAGACAAGUCGCCUUCUCGGUCUCUUGGACGAAGAGGAGCAAGCAGAAUUCGACUUUGCGACGCCAAAGGCUACUACCUCAACGGAGCCCGAAGCUAAGGUUAUGGCCGACUAUAAAGCUGAAGAGACUGCUGCUUCGCCGCCCGUGGUUGACACUGAGAAGCCGACCAAGGUCCCAGAGGUUGAUACCAACAUUGAGAACAUUCGCAUUUCUGCACGCUUGUUUGUGAGAAACUUACCUUAUGAUACGAGAGAGUCGGACCUCGAACCAGUGUUCAGUCCUUUUGGUAAACUUGAAGAGAUUCACGUCGCCUUCGAUACUCGGGUUAGCUCCAGCAAAGGAUUCGCUUAUGUUCAGUAUGUUGAUUCCGAUGCGGCCGUAGACGCCUAUAAAGCCCUCGAUGGAAAGCACUUCCAGGGUCGUUUAUUACACAUUCUGCCAGCUGCUGCAAAGAAAACGUAUAAGAUCGACGAACAUGAGUUGUCUAAAUUACCUCUGAAGAAGCAAAAACAGAUCAAGCGAAAGCUGGAGUCUGCAUCUUCAACCUUCAGUUGGAACUCGCUUUAUAUGAAUGCCGAUGCUGUUAUGUCGUCCGUAGCUGAUAGACUCGGUGUAUCCAAAGCAGAUCUCUUGGAUCCUACCUCGUCGGAUGCCGCAGUAAAGCAAGCCCAUGCUGAAACGCACGUUAUCCAAGAAACUAAGGCUUACUUUACUGCAAAUGGCGUCAACAUUGAUGCCUUUAGAGAGCGAGAGCGUGGAAACACUGCUAUCUUAGUAAAGAACUUCUCUUACGGUGUCAAGACUGACGAGCUUAGGAAAUUGUUUGAGCCGUAUGGGCAGCUUACAAGACUACUGAUGCCUCCUAGUGGCACGAUAGCUAUCGCUGAGUUUGCAAAACCAGAUGAGGCCCAAAAGGCGUUCAAGGGUCUGGCGUAUCGGAAACUCGGAGACUCCAUCCUAUUUCUAGAAAAAGCCCCUAAGAACCUCUUCGACCCAUCUGUGGCCCCGCAGAAACCAACCUUGGAGACGAAGGCUAUAUCUCAAGGAUUUUCAACUGCUGACACAUUCGCGGCGGAUGAGCCUGAGGAUGCCAUUGCCACUGCAACUCUCUUCGUAAAGAAUCUCAACUUUGACACGACGAAUGAACGUUUCGUCGAGCUCUUCCAGCCGCUGGAUGGGUUUGUGGCAGCGAGAAUCAAGACCAAACCCGAUCCCAAACGGCCUGGCCAAACCCUCAGCAUGGGCUUUGGCUUUGUUGAUUUUAGGACCAAAGCUCAAGCUCAAUCUGCGCUUGCUGCAAUGAAUGGCUACAAGCUUGAUCAACAUGAACUGGUAGUUAGGUCAUCACAUAAAGGUAUGGACGCAGCCGAAGAAAGACGACGAGAAGAUACAGCGAAGAAGAUCGCAGCAAGAAGGACGAAGAUCAUCAUUAAGAACUUGCCAUUCCAGACGACCAAGAAGGAUGUCAGGUCACUCUUUGGAGCCUACGGCCAGCUUCGCUCUGUGCGCGUUCCUAAGAAAUUUGACCGGUCCGCUCGUGGUUUCGGUUUUGCAGACUUCGUAAGCGCUCGUGAAGCGGAAAAUGCCAUGGAUGCGCUGAAAAACACCCAUUUAUUGGGCAGAAAACUGGUACUGGAAUUUGCAAACGAGGAGGCUAUCGAUGCGGAGCAAGAGAUCGAGCAGAUCGAAAAGAAAGUAGGACAGCAGUUGGACCGGAUGAAGCUUCAGAAGCUCACGGGAGCCGGACGCAAAAAAUUUACUGUAGGGGCCCAGGACGAGGAAGACUAAAGUCCCUUCUGCCCUUCUCCCUUUGGAUAGGGUCAAUGAAUAGUAAUGGUUCUAUAUUUGUGUUUGUGAGAUAUACCCCCUUGCUUAGCGGAACAAUGGGCAAGUUAACACGUUCCUGCUGUCAGGACAGUGCGUGCAGACGCGUCCUGCAAAGUUCCGUCGCCUCGUGCAUCUUAAUGAAGCUUUAUCUU